AUGGUUGAAAUGGACGCAAAUAAAGAAAACGAGGAAGAGCCUAAUUUUUCUGAUCCAGAAGACUAUGUGGAUGAUGUUACAGAUGAAGUGCUUGUCAUGGAUGUGUUGCGUCAACAUCCCUCUAUGGAUGAGUAUGAAGAGUCAUGCUUGAUGAUUUUUGGACUUCCAGUCGUCGGUCCGGAUAGACUGGCUAAACUUCAAGCAGUGUUGUCAAAAGUGUUAACCAAUGUUGAACCACAGCAUAAGGCAUAUUUCCCACUUACAGCUGAAGGAGGGACCAAGGGUUGCGUUUUUAUUGAAUUUCUUGACAAGACAAAAGCAGAGUAUGCAAAAAAUGUUCUGAAUGGUUACAAGCUUGAUAAGAACCAUGUUUUUUCCACCCUGUUGUUUAAUGAAGCUCGACAUUUCCAAAAGCCUCCUGAUGAUUGGAAAGCACCUGAACCUACUCCUUACAAUGAUGUGGGUGAUUUAUGGUGGUGGAUGCAACAUCCUCGAUGUCGUGACCAAUUCGCAGUGCAGUAUGAGAAAGAUGGUGUCCCAACUGUCGCAUGUUACUGGCACAUAAAGGGACACGAACCGGAAAUUGCAGGGGAAGCUGGGAAGGCUGAACGACCGUCCUGGACUGACACGGUGUUCAAAUGGUCUCCUCAUGGUUCUUAUUUGACUACUAUCCACAAACGAGGUAUUGCAUUGUGGGGAGGGCCUGAGUUCGCACGAGUUCAACGAUUUGCCCACGACAACGUACAAUUCAUAGAUUUCUCGCCAUGUGAAACGUACUUAGUGACAUACGCUGAGACAGCUGAGAAAAAUCAUUGGGGUGAUGACGACGAUUGUUUGCGUAUAUGGGACGUUGUUACUGGAGAAAUGUUGAAGGGAUUCUCACUCUACGCUCUGACAAAUCGGGAUCAGUUGCCGUGUUGGCCUCUUUUCCAAUGGUCUUUUGACGAAAAGUAUUUCGCAUGCCUUAAACCUCCCGAGAAAGACAAAUUGGAGAAAGAAAAGAAGGUCAAUGGCAUUUCCGUCUUCGAAACUGAAGGAUUUGCGCUAGUUGGUAAUCGCCACAUAACUGUGGACAAUAUUAAGACGUUUUCUUGGUGUCCAACGCAGAAUAUCAUUUCAUACUACCUUGAGUGCACAGACUCUAUCCCAGCCGAAUUUGGUCUUGUUCAAAUGCCCACACAACAGCGGUUGAGAUCAGGGCGCAUUCAUAAUGUAGCGGAUGCUCAGAUGUUUUGGCAGAAAAGUGGACAACGUUUAGCCGUCUACACUAUGAGGUAUUCUAAAAAGCAAAUGAAGGAAGGUGGUGAGGUGAAAUAUGUUGGUGGUUGCACUUAUCACCUAGAGAUUUUUGAAAUCGACAAGAAAGACGUCUCUCUAAUGAAUUUGCCACUACCUGAACCGUUCAUUAAUUUUGGAUGGGAACCCUAUGGUGAGAAAUUUUGCGUCUUGACUGGAAAUCAAGCAAAAGUAACUCCGUUGGUAUACCGUCUAGAGCCAAAUAGCCAUGCACCAAAGUUGAUGAGCAAACUUGAUCCUGGAGUGCAAUUCAACGAGGUAUCAUGGGCUCCAGCUGGUGGCUGGCUAGCUAUUUUGGCGAAGCGGUCGAAUGGUGGUAAUGUAAUGUUUGUUGACACCACACUACAGGAAGCAAAACGUACUAAUGUUGUCGAGCAUCCCGGCUUCAAUAAGAGUUACUGGGAUCCAACCGGUCGUUACUUUGUCACGUGUUCUACGCUUGGAGGAAGAAUAGGAGCAGAUCUUGGUUUUCGACUUUACACAUUCCAGGGGCGCGAACUUUGUCGGAAAGGUUUAGAGCGCCUCUCACAAUUUAAAUGGCGACCUCGUCCACCGGUAAAACUCAGCGAUCAGAAAUUAAAGUUUACAGAUAAGAUUAUUAAGGAAAUCAAGAACAACCUAAAAAAAACCGCUGUGCGAUUUGAACGUGAGGACAAUGAGGAGAAGAACCGAGCUAGUCAAGAGGUUGUAGAGAAAAGAAGAAAGAUAAUGGCGGCAUUCGAAUUGAUUCGGCAAAAGAAUCUCAAGAAAAUUGCCGCCGAGAAGGAUCUCAGGAUUUCUUUACGAGAUGGCAUAGAUACAGAAAUUUCGAAAGCUGAUGAACUUGUUGAGGAACAAAUAAUGGUGGCUCUCGAUACUCAAAAAAUCUUGGCUCCAUUAGGAGAAGACGAACUUGCAUAG